CCACAACCACAAGCCCAUAUUAUCAUCCGCAUCAUCAUCCUCCUCGUUUUUGUACCGUGAAGAAAGAGACCACAAGCAGUGUAUCAAGGCAACCAGCACCAUGUCUCUUCCCGUGAUUGUUGUGACCAUCUUCUUCGCCGUUGUGGCGUUGUUUGGCUUCUUCAUUGCAGGACGCAACAGCAAAGACAGAGGGCUUGUUCAGACCAUGUGGGUGACAACAGCGUUGUGCUUGUGGCUGUUCUGGCUCUGUGCAUACCUUUCGCAAAUCAACCCGCUCGUCGCACCGUCGCUGAAGGCAAAGGACGUCUGUGUCAACGACGGCGCCGACGUCAUCUGCUGA